AUGAGAUUAGUAGGAAGCAACGAGCAUGAAGAUGUGUGGCGAAAAUCUGCUGUACAUGAAGCAUUGAUUAAUCGCAAUAAAAUGUCGAUAGACAAUGAUUCUUAUCGUGAAGCUUAUUAUGCUGCUCGUCGCACUUCUAUUGCUGCUGCUUCUAUCGAUACAGGUUAUCUUGAUCGUGACAUUUACGUUCGUGAUUAUAAUAUUGAUGAAUAA